CAGAAAACCGGAGGCGAAGCAGAGCCCUGGGCAAAAAGGGCGCGCAGGUUUGCAAAGCCGAAGAAAGCGUGAGGGUUUCUUCCAUCGCUGGCUGGCCUUGAGAUCGAUUCGCGCUUCGACAGAAAGACAAUUUUUCUUCUUCUUGUGGUGUGAUGUUUGGCGAGGAAGAUGAUAAGGGUUUCUAGGACAUGACAAUGACAAUGAACUUGGAGCCGAAGGGUCCCGGAAUAUGGAGCCAUGGGUUGGAAUUGGAAGAACGUAUCGACAGAUUGAGCGAUCUUCCAGAUUACAUUCUGGAGCGCAUUCUCUCCUUGGCCGCCCUCGACAGCAAGAUCUUAGUUCAAACCAGCAUUGUAUCAAAGAGGUGGAGAUGCUUGUGGAAAGGAGUUCCAGCCCUCAAUUUCAGCAGGGCGUCCUUCAAGGCAGAAUGGAGUUUCACAGAUCACGUGCUGAUGUAUCUAUCUCUCCGGUGCCAUUCUAUUGCUGUUGGGAGCAUCGCCUUCAACUUUGGCUCAAUAAUAUGCGAGCGAGCUAGAUGCAUGGAGAUGUUUGAUCAUGUCAUGCAAUAUGCAACUGCGGCCCACGGUGGCCAGCUUCGCCAUCUGUCCAUCAGCUGUGCUGGUGGCAAGGUUCGUCUUAGUCCUGUAGUUGCCUCCAUCACUCGGUGUCCUGUUUAUGAAUCGCUCAAGGUUCUCAAGUUGAAAGGAUUCUGUCUCGACACCGCUGCGCUUUCUUCUGUGGGCUUUAAGUUGCUGACAACUCUUGAACUGCAUCACUGUCGUCUCAGUGAUUAUCCUACUGUACAUCCUUUAGCUAAUCUCCCAGCUUGUUUGAACUACUUAAAGUUGAAUGGCUGCACAGCACAAUGUUGGUUUCGAAUAUCGUCGCCCCAACUGCUGGUCCUCGAAAUCAGAAGUUCACCAUUCUCUGGUGGGGUCGAAGUGUUUGCUCCAAAGCUCAAAUCCUUCAGUCUCUGGUGUAGUAUGGAAGAUAUAAAGUACAUUCGCCAGUUGAACUUCCCUUCUCUGGCACAUGCAAACAUCCGCCUUUGGGGCCAAGACCGGCAUGAUUGGAAAGACCGUACAGUAUUGGAAUGCUUCAGUUGUGCGUAUAUCAACCUACUGCGAGGUUUGCAUCAUGUCGAGUCUCUCAUCCUUCGCUUUGACAAGUCGGAGAGUGGAAUCCCCUGGGGAGAUCGCCAGCUUCCCUUCAGUAGAAUGAAGCCGUUAACGAAAUCGUGGAAGGCCUCUCCGUUUCCUAGAUUGAAGUUGCUGCGAGUGCUGUAUCCUCGAGAGCUGUCGAAGCUACCAUUGGAAGUGUUCCGUUAUUUCUUCAGGAGCUCUUCUAUCAACACAGAGGAAAUGACCGUUAAAUUUGAGUGGCAGUCGGAAUAGCUAACUACUCAAUGGAUCAAUGUAUGUAGUAACAUAUCUUUUAGAUGGAUUGUACAGUUGGCACUGGCAAUGAACACCACUGACUCCGUCAAAAC